UUGUUACAUUUUCGUUUUGAUGAUUAUCAAAAGAAAUCAAUUUUUCAUACAUCCAUAAUAGUGGUUGCCAAUAUCAAAUUUACCAAACAAAACAAAACAAAAAAAAAUGGCCGAACAUUCGGAUCUGGUUUCUGAAAUGACCUAUCUAGAAAAGCUUAACACUGAAGAACGAUUAAAAUUAGCACGAAAAAGACGAUCUCAACAAUUGAAAAAAUGGUCACAACGAGAAAAAGAUCAUACAUAUUUAAAUAAAAGAAAACGACCAGAUGGAAAUCAAAUUGAUACGGCCAAAAUUAAAAAUAAUAAUAAUAAUAAUAACAAUAAUAAUAAAAAUGGAUAUAAAGUUCAUUUUGUACCAUCUGUGAUGUUGUUGGAAGCUGCCACUCGAAAUGAUAUCUACGAAGUGAGACGUUUACUCAUGUUGGGUGUAAGUCCUGAUUCGACCAACGAAGAUGGUCUUACUGCUUUGCAUCAAUGUUGUAUUGAUAAUUGUGAAGAAAUGAUGCGUUUAUUAAUCGAAUUUGGGGCCAAUGUAAAUGCCAAAGAUAGUGAACAAUGGACACCAUUACAUGCUGCCGCAACUUGUGGUCACUUGAAUUUAAUUAAAUUAUUAAUCGAAAAUAAUGCCGAUUUAUUAGCUGUGAAUGCCGAUGGUAAUAUGCCUUAUGAUAUUUGUGAGGAUGAACAAACAUUGGAUUAUAUUGAAGCCGAAAUGGCCAAACGUGGAAUCACACAAGAAUUGAUUGAUCAAAUUCGAUUGAAAACAGAAAAUCAAAUGCUUUUCGAUAUGAAAGAAUUGAUUCAAAAUGGUUACGAUAUUAAUUUGAAAGAUGAACAAGGCGCUACGCCGCUUCAUAUAGCUGCUGCUAAUGGAUAUUUGAGUGUCAUUGAAUUUUUAAUCGAUAACAAUGCUUCAAUAGAUGAGUGUGACAUUGAUUUAUGGCAGCCAAUUCAUGCGGCUGCUUGUUGGGGACAUAUUGAUGUUGUCGAAUUUUUAGUCCAAAAUGGUGCCGAUUUGGAGGCCAGAACAAAAAACGGUGAAAUUCCUUUUGAUAUUUGUGAAGAUCCAGAUUUAAAAAGUCGCAUUUUACAACUAAAAACGGAAAUCGAUGCCAAAAAAGCUGUAAAUUCAACCAGGUUACGAAGAUCACAUAGCACUAACACUCGUUCACAUUCUAUUCGGCGGACUAGUAUUCGCGAAAAGUCACAAAUAGCGAAAAGAGAAGCCAUUGAAGAAGCGAGGAUAUGGCAUGAAAAAGCUGGUGAAUCUGACGAAAUUAAAAAAGAUGAUAGCGAUCUUGAUUCAGACACUCAAUUCUAUAAAGAUUUUAACAGAAAAUUAAUGACCGAAUCACCAAUUGAUGUUGAUUCAAUCAAAGUCAGUAUGGAUUCAAAUAAUACUUUUCACAUCUCAUCACCAUCAACCUACCAUUCAGAAAAUGGAAAUCACAAUGACCUUAUCAAUAAUAAUACUUCAAACUAUUCAAAUCAAUCAAUCACACAACCAGAUAUACGAACUUAUAACACCGACCAUCAUCAUCAGCAAGUUGGAUCCAGUCAUCAAUAUGAUUUGAACAUUUCGAAUGAACCUCAGGACAAUCAUUAUCCUAGUGCAGAAUAUGCACAACAGAAUAGAAAAUCCGAUCGAAUGGAUGGCAAUGAUUCUCAACAAAAUACCAAGAAUCAUGAUAGUUAUCAUCCUGAUUUAAGUGGUUAUAGUCUGAACAAUAAUAAUACUGGGACAGGAACGUUAAUUGAUCUCAAGAAACAACGUUCAGAAAAACAUCGAAAUAGUUUGAAUAACACCUAUUCUGAUCGAUACAAAUUAUUUGUAGUCGAUCAUCCUAAUAACACUAACAUUCAAUCAACUAUGUCAACCAAUCAAACAUCAAUCAAUCAUCAAAUGAAACCAACGACAACAAAACACUAUGACCAGAAUGUAAAUCUUCAAUUACAAACACAAAUGGUAAAUGUUUCAUCAUUGAACAAUACUAAAACGCCUUUCUCAGCGUCUAUGAUGCAAAAUGAUUCAAUGUUUGAUUCACCAGAUGCUACAAGGAAAAAAUUUCGUGGAAAUCCAAGUGAAUUGAUCGGUGAAGAAGAGAAAAAAGGUUGUUGCAAUAUUUGCUGAUCAACAAAUAAUAAUAAGAUAAAUAUCUGCCUAUAUUUGUUUUAUCAUUUCAUUCCAAUCAUUUAAAUUAUAUAAAAUUAUCGCUGUGAUAAUCACGGUUAAUCAAAUUUUUUUUCACACAAAAAAAAAGAAAU